GGAAUGUCUUUACGACUCUCCUCAGCUCGUACUGAAACAGCAGGGGGAGCAACUUUGACCAGCGCUAGUUAGCUACCAGCUAGCUGCUCUCUCUAUUAUUUUCUUAUUUUGUGUGCUGUUGCAUAUGCAGAGCAAUGUGGUUUAUUUAUUUACUGAGCUGGCUGUCGCUGCUCAUCCAGAUAUCCUUCGUCACGUUAGCAAUAGCUGCUGGCCUCUACUACCUGGCUGAACUAAUAGAAGAGUACACAGUAGCCACCAGCCGAAUAAUAAAGUACAUGAUACUGUUCUCUACAGGGGUGCUGGUAUGCCUCUAUAUGUUUGAAGGCUUUCCAAUGUUGAUGGUGGGAGUCGGCCUCUUUACAAACCUGGUUUAUUUCGGCCUCCUGCAGACGUUCCCCUACAUACUUCUGAGCUCCCCAAACUUCAUCCUCUCCUGUGUGUUGGUGGUGGUGAACCAUUACAUGGCCUUCCAGUACUUUGCACAAGAGUAUUACCCAUUCUCAGAGGUGCUUGCCUACUUCACCAUCUGCCUGUGGGUGAUCCCCUUUGCCUUCUUUGUGUCGCUGUCAGCAGGAGAAAAUGUUCUCCCAUCCACUAUGCAGCAAGGAGAUGAUGUGGUAUCUAAUUACUUCACCAAGGGCAAACGGGGGAAGAGGUCUGGGAUCCUCCUGGUGUUCUCUUUCCUGAAGGAGGCAGUGCUGCCCAGCCGACAGAAAAUGUACUGAGGGCUUGAGAGUCUGGGGCGCUGCCUCGGGGGUCGGUGGGUACGUGCGAGGACGUGUUGAAGAUCAAAGGGGAAGCAGGAAGGACAGUGGAAAUUGUUUCUCGAUGGGACUAAAAUGAUGCUGUGGCCAAAUGGGGAAGAAAGGCAUGUUAAGAAAUAAAUAACUAAAAAAAAGGACGGACCAAUGAACAGAUCAGAGCUUCCUGCUGGACGAGCCCGACGAGUUUACCCAGGCCACGUCUGUCUGUCUUUGUCUUUCUGUCUGUACUGACUGCCAGCAACACCCACCGGAGACCUCUUUGUGGGGAUCCUAUGUGUAGCGUGAUGCUUUCAUGUCAAGUUGGACUCAUUUUUUAAAGCUUUAGUAAUAAAAUAUCUACAUGUGGGGUGUAAAAAAUAACAACCAGAGAUAAAUAGUUGUUUUUCCUUUCUGUCGUUCGUGUGUCAAAGGCCUCACACUUCAUCUGAUUCAAUACACAGAGUAGUGUUAAAGACGAGAAGAAAUUCUGAUGAAGAGGAUUUCUUAGAUAUGAGACAGAUCAGAGGUACUUUAUGAUUAAUUCCUGCAGUCCAAACUUGGAUUUUGGUUUUAAAAAGAGUUGCUACAGGUCGCCAAACAAACAUUUUAAUUAGAUUGAAAGAAAGAAGGACAAACUGUGGAGAAGUCCUGCUCUGUUUUGCAAAGUAUGACAUGGUAUAAACAAUAUCCUACCUGGCAUAUAAUAUCUCAAAAAAUGAAUUCAGCAAAGGCACUUGUGAAGGGUUACUUCUAACUAUUGAAGUGAGCUACGAGGCAUGUUUCCUGCACUGGAUCUCAGCAUGCUCGUCAGCAUUUGGCCACAGAAACAAUAAGUUUUCAUGUGCUUCUACCCAUAAACCACCAGCACUACAGCAUCCUUUGUUUGUUUUGUUUUUGUUUUGGACUGUUUGUAAGAAUUUAAACUAAUUUUUGUACAUUGAUUGAAGAGGAAA